CUUUUAUGAUUUGUUUAUGCUGGAGCUGCGCUGCUUGUGCUUUUCAGCCGCGCUCCGACUGUCAUAAACUGUCGUAAAGCGAGCGCAGAAUACGGCAGACACGUGUGUGGAGCGCAACACGUGGUCAGUGUUUUGGUCAGAGUCGAAUGAAUCCUUGUAGAAAGUCUCCUGUGUUUAUGUGUUGAAUAUGUUACCUGUCAUGGACAACAGCGAUAAAGGAGAUGAUGAUCGGAGAGGAGUUAAGCGCAAGAUGGCUUUGUCCAGCUGUGAUGUUUGUGAGACUGAAGAGGCCAAAUACAGAUGCCCGAGCUGCAUGAAACACACCUGCAGUUUGGCCUGCGUCAAGCAGCAUAAGAUGGGGUCAGGAUGCAGUGGUGUUCGGGACAAGACGGCGUUUGUCUCUCUCUCUGAAUUUAGCGAAAUCAACCUGCUCAGCGAUUACAGGUUUCUGGAGGACACGGCUCGACUGACACAACAGUCCAACAGAGACGCCGUCCUUGUCAGCGGCUGUCGACACCCGAAGGAGGGCAUGUGGAUGAUCAGAAAAGCCAGAGCAGUCAAAGUCACCCUGAAGUUUCUCCCUAAAGUGUUCAGCAAACAUCGGGAGAACAGCACCAUCUUCAGAAGAGUGGAAGGACGGUUCUACUGGCAUCUGAAGAUCCAUUUUCCUCAGAGCGAUGCUGUUUAUUCAGAGAGGUGUCCAGAUAACCGCGAACUCGAUCAGAUUCUCAACGACUACAUUCAUCCUUCAGAGUCAGAUCCGGUCAAACGGCAAAUGUUAAAGGUGUACGUCCACAGUCCUCAGGAGCACAUCAGAGUCUUUCUGAAGUCAGAGCAAACACAACCCAACUCUCUCAGGUAUCUGGAGCUGGACCUUAAGAAAACUCUGCAGGAAAACCUGAUGCAUAAGACCAUCGUGGAAUACCCAGAAAUCUUUGUGGUUCUGAAAGAGCACAGUCAGGAGUAUCUCGCUCGCAGACCAGAGCGUUCCAGUGCUGCCCAAGACGUUUCCUCAGGAAACAUCUCCAGAACUUCAUGUUCCUCAGCUAAAACACAAUCAGAAGCUCUUGUUCAUGUGGCAAAGAAACCGAAAAUCUCAGAGGACGAUGAGCUGGAGGACGGAGAGCUCCGAAGUGAAGAAGAGGAUGAAAGCACUGAAGACGAAGAUGUUGUCAACGAUGACACUGAGAAGAAGAUACCUGUAAUGCAUGAGGAUGAAGAUGAGACUGAUGAUGAAGAGCUUCAAGGGAACGAGAAUCUUGAGGUGGAGAUGAAGGACUGUCCUCCUCAUAAUAAUGUUGAAGACGCUCAGGUGGAUGAUGGAAACCAAAACAAAGUGGAUUCAGUGAACAUCACCAGCAAAACUGAAGAUAUGACAGUUUCUCAAGAUCCUGAAGAAGCUCACAACAAUGAGACUUUGACUAAUGAUGAUAGAAGUCAAUGUGAAGACAUUAAGUUGGACGUUUCACCUCAUGGAUGUCAAGAAAACAUCAUUUCCCAUGCUGGACUUCCAGAAGAUGAUGGUGUUCAGGACAAAAAUGCUGAAAGAGAUGCAAACCAUGACCAAGAAGGAAAGUUCAUCAUGAGUUCAUCAUGUGAACGUUCAGAUACAAGUCAAAUUAAAGGUCAGGAGAACGUACUUGAAGAAAACACUAAUGUUUAUCUCAAUGAAAGUGAAAACCAGGGUAAUAUGUGAUAGCGCUGGUGCCGAAAGUCCCGAUGUUUAUGCUAACAGAUAUUUGCAUGAGCAAUGGUAACUCAGUCCAGUGUCUGAUAAUCAGACGAUAGCAGAUAAGACUUUGGAUAAAGGCAAUAGCAGUUAUCGUUGCGAGGUGAUGGACUGUUUGGUGACUGAUAUGUUUCGAGCACUGAUAAGUGAUAUCAGAUGCCUCACGUCACUGUGUUCAUGGAGACGGACAAACGGAGAAACAGACCUCAUAGAGCUCACGCUGUUAUCCAAAUCAGAAAAUGAGGUAAAUAACUGCAAUCAUUAUAAUGCAGACAUCACAUUUGAUUUCUGUUAAUAAUGUAAUGUGCCUUAAUAUUGCUUUAGGUAACUUUCACAUUAUUUUCUGAUGUUUUCUUUUGAGGACUUGUGAUGGACAUUUUUGUAUUUUUAUGCCAUGUUACUUUUAAUAAACUUCUGGAUCUCUUUGUGAGUAAUGCCAGUUC